AAGAAGACAACGAUGAAGGCCAGGAACCCUCUCACUGAUUUAUCGAACAAUCAUAAUCGCACUGCACCACCUCCAACAACUACUAUGAAGAUGAAGAUGAAGAUGAAGAAUAAGAAGAUGGAAUCCGAGAAUUCGAAUGGCGGUGAAUCGUUGAAGGACGAACAGGACAACGCUCUCGAUCACUUGCUUUUGGUUCAGUCCAAUCUCUCUUCACUUCUCCAUCAGGUUGAUGAGCUUGUUGUUCAAGCAUUCAAAGUCAAGAAUUUAAGCAAUGAGGGGAGGAAAGAAAUCAAGUCUUUCUCCGAUUUCUUGUCUGAUAUGCAUUCAUCUUUGAAGCCUUGGGUGACCAGGUUUCAAAUUGUGCUUUCUUCGCCCUCUGUAGAGCUCAAAAGUAAACCGCCUCAAGCUUUGAAGGGUAAUUCAGUUUCUUCCGAUGAUAGCGAUGAGAGCAAUGUCAGUGACAGUCUCGAAGAGCCCACAAUGGACUCUCUGAUCUCUCCUUCUCCCCUUGUUUCGUGGCAUGCCAACUGUACUAUUCAAAGAGGUAGACAAAUGUUCAUGCUCACACCCCUUCCGAUAUCAAAGAAAUUAUCAUCUAAAUUCCGGGAACCAUCAAAAUCGGAGUUCAAUAAAUUGGCUUCCACCAAUGAUGUUGGGACAUCAACCUUUUUAGCCGUCUCUAGAAAUAUGAAUGAUUUGCUGGACAGUGUUGUAGUGAAGUCAACUCCAGCUAAGCCUGCCCCUUCUCUUGCAAAUGAAGCAGCAAAUAAUCAAGAGCCCAAAAGGGAUAGCUCCAUACUUGUUAUGAUGACUCCGCGUUUUAAAAUGUCACCUCCAAAAUCUUGCGUCUUGCUUGAACCUAUAUCUGAAAUCCAUCAUCUUGGUGACAUAAAGUCUCGCAAAUCCACUCCAUUUCCUCUUGGGAUUCAUUACAGUGAUUCAGAGGAUUCUGAGUCUCUUAGUAGUCGUAACGAUGCUUUACAGGGUUUGGCAUUAAAAUCUACAGAGCUCAAAGAAACACAGAAGAUUCCUAAGUCAGGAAUUGGAAAGAAAAUAAUAGAAGCAUCACCAUGCUGGCUUACCUCACCCCUGAAAUCCUGUGUUUUGCUGGAGCCACUUGAUGAGAAAUCAAUGGACACGGAGAAUGCUGAUAAUGAGUCAUCUAUUCAGAUAUCUGACUUGGCUCUUAGCCAUCAAAUAAGCAAAUUGAAAGAUGAGGUUGGUCACGGCCUAUCACGUAUUGAGAACACUCCGAUGUGGCGCGAACCUCAAAGCACUUUCCUAACAGGUAAACGUCCUGGUGAAAAUACUUUGAAGAAGGAACUAUGGACUAAGUUUGAGGCAGCAUCAAGUUAUGGGUUUCAACCCAAGUUGCCGGCAGUUGAAAAGGAUGCUCCAAAAGGGUUCCUUGACCUGCUGGAAGAAGCUUCUUGUGAUGAAUUGAAAUGAAAUAUGAAAAUGUCAAAAAUCUAAGUACACAAAUAAGUUCUCUCAUUGGAAAAAUUUUGAUAUGUACUUGCUGGUUUAUAUUGGCAUCCAAUUUGUCUAAUGGGACAAAAGCACAAAUGUAUACUUGGGGGGAAUGCUUGCUAAAAACGUGCAUUGGCUUCUAAUGUUGUAUUUUAUGAAUUAUGUUCUGCCUUAAUCAUAUAGAUAUUGAUAUUACAC